GCGCCCCUCUUGGGGACCUUUGGCCUCUAUCAGGAUUACCUGGAUCUGAACUCCUGGGUCGAGAGGGUGCAGGGAGGUCGGUGGAGGGUUCAGCCAAGAGUCCUGAUGAGGUGGCUCAGGCAUGCCCCGCUCAGAGUCACACAGUAGGGGCCAGAGCGGGUCUCGAACCUGCAGCAUCCAGCUCCUGCUUCCUGGAGAACUGACGACCUUGAGCAGCGAAAGCAAAGGCGAGCACGACAUCGAGACGCCUUACGGCCUUCUGCACGUGGUGAUCCGGGGCUCCCCCAAGGGGAACCGCCCGGCCAUCCUCACCUACCAUGACGUGGGUCUCAACCACAAGCUGUGUUUCAAUACCUUCUUCAACUUUGAGGACAUGCAGGAGAUCACCAAGCACUUCGUGGUGUGUCAUGUGGAUGCCCCCGGUCAGCAGGUGGGGGCCUCGCAGUUUCCUCAGGGGUACCAGUUCCCCUCCAUGGAGCAGCUAGCCGCCAUGCUCCCCAGUGUGGUGCAGCACUUCGGGUUCAAGUACGUGAUUGGCAUUGGCGUGGGAGCCGGAGCCUAUGUGCUGGCCAAGUUUGCACUCAUCUUCCCUGACCUGGUGGAGGGGCUGGUGCUGAUAAACAUCGACCCCAACGGCAAAGGCUGGAUCGACUGGGCGGCCACCAAGGUGAGCGCGGUCCGCCUGGAAGGGGUGGGGUGGGGUGGGGUGGGGUGGGGCGGGGCGGGGCGGGGCGGGGCGGGGCGUCCCUCACACUGGCUCCGCCUCGGCCCGCAGCUCUCCAGCCUGACCAGCACUUUACCCGACACGGUGCUCUCCCACCUCUUCAGGCAGGAGGAGCUGGUGAGCAACACAGAGUUGGUGCAGAGCUACCGGCAGCAGAUCGGGAACGUGGUGAACCAGGCCAACCUGCAGCUCUUCUGGAACAUGUACAACAGCCGCAGAGACCUGGACAUUAACCGGCCCGGAACAGUGCCCAACGCCAAGACGCUCCGCUGCCCUGUGAUGCUGGUGGUCGGGGAUAAUGCACCUGCCGAGGAGGGGGUGGUCGAGUGCAACUCCAAACUGGAUCCAACCACCACGACCUUCCUGAAGAUGGCAGAUUCCGGGGGGCUCCCCCAGGUCACACAGCCCGGGAAGCUGACUGAAGCCUUCAAAUACUUCCUGCAAGGCAUGGGCUACAUUGCAUACUUGAAGGACCGAAGGCUGAGUGGAGGAGCAGUGCCCUCGGCCAGCAUGACUCGUCUCGCCCGCUCUCGAACCUCGUCCCUCACCAGCGCCAGCUCGGUGGAUGGCAGCCGCCCGCAGGCCUGCACCCACUCAGAGAGCAGUGAGGGGCUGGCCCAGGUCAACCACACCAUGGAGGUGUCCUGUUGAAGCCCUUGGUCCCACGAAGAUGCUCACCUGCCCCCCAACCUGCAUCGACGUCCCACUGCCAUCCUUGCGCAGCUCAUUUCCCCUUUAGUUUAUUUUUGCGAGGGCGAAGGGGAGGAAAUGGGGUUACUUUUCUUUCGUUUAAAAAGAUGAGGGGAUCCGUCCUAGAUGCUGCAGUGGAACAGUCUCCAGAUGGUUUGAGGGGCUCACUCCUUCCCUACGCGACCCCCUCCCUCACCUCGUUAACUUGGCUGACUUAGACCCUCUCUUCCAGUUCCCCAAGGCCCAGGCACGGUCAGGGCAGGGCUCCAGGGAAGAAGGAGAUUAGCUAAGGGAAGACUUUGAGUCCUUCUCUGGCCAGGAUCCAGGAUAAUAUCCUGGAUUAAAGAAAGCAUGGGUUGACUCCCUCAGGCAGGCAGGUUUGAAGGUGGGAUGGGGUUUUGAGGUGGUAGGUGCUGGGACAGCAGGAACACAGGGUCCAGCUCAGGCACUGGCAUGGGAACCAGGAGACAGCGGCAGGGGGCACUCAGAGGCAGGAGCCCUGAAGCUCUGCAGGCCCCUUUCCCACCCCCGAGCCCCACCAUCAAGCACAUCUGUUUCUGAUUUUAGCACCCGUGACAAUCAUCUGAACAGUAGCCACAAGGGGGCGCUUCUACCAGACAGCAGUUUUCCUGGUGCUCUCUGGGUGGGCCUGGUGCUGUAGGGCCAGGCAGGUAGGGGCUGAAGACAGAACACAGAGGACCUUGAGGGCAGGAACCCCACAGACUGUCCCUUCCAGCCCACAGUCUGCCGCCUCCUGGCCCUGUCCCGUUUCUGAGGCAGAAAGUCACCUGGUCCUCUGCCUCUAGGGAGCCGACUAGGGCUGAGGUUAAAGGCUGGGAUAGCCUUUGAGUGUUGGGUACGCCUCUGAGAACUUCGUGGUGACUGCCUUUGGAAGCCAGCAGGCAGUGGUGGCUCAGAGUUCCUAUAGAGUUCCCCCAGAGACCCCCUUUUCACCCCUAGGUUCCAUGGAGGACAACUUAAUCAGCAGCAGCAUGGCCAAGGCCACUGGAAACAUUUCUAGGGAGAGUUCUAGUCAAGCUAUGCCAAAGUUUCACGUAGGCAUCACUGAGAGAGUUCAUUUGGAGAAAACUGGCCCAAGAUAGCAGGACUUGGCAGUCCCAAAUCACCAUCCUAGCCAGUUGGAGUAGGCUCAGGCUGGGGCUUGCUGGGUCCUGGGGUGGGAGGUGACAUUUCCUGAAGUGAACAAGGGCCAGGCAGAGGAGAAAGGCUCCCCACACACCCCAGCCCCUUCCAGCCAGCUGAAGCCCAGGGCUGUGCCAUAUACUUCCCGUUCAUCCACCUUACUGGGUAGAAUCUCCUGGCCCAAGAACCAGAAGCCAUUUGUCUCUGAGCCUAAAUCAGUUGCCACAAGCCCCCAAAUGAGUAAAAAAGAGAAGAGGAGAGAGCAAUGAAAAAUGCAGGGCUGUGGAGGGUGGGUGGGUGUGUGUGGGGCUGAGGGGACACCUGCAUCCACAUUUCCUCGGCACACAUCACCCCCUUCUGUCAUCUUAAGCCAUUAUAGAGCCCAGUGGAGUGUUAGUCUGUUAGGUCUAUUCACUCACGUGCUUCCUUUGAAUAUAGAAUGUGACUGUUUGAAAAGCUGGUAGAAUUAAUCCCUCUUACUGUAGAUAGCGCUGUGAAUCUUGGAUUUUAUUUUCCGUGUUCUUUCAGAUGAGAUCUAUAAAUAUCUAUACAUUAUAUAUAUAUGUAUAUUGGGUACUCUGGCGUGUGGCUUUCCAUCGGAGGUUGUGUCUUCUUUGGUCAGAGUGAACUAUUAAUGGAAUUUGUUAUUUUCUUCUCUGUACAAAGUGAAGAGCCUACUUUUGUGUAUUCUGGUGCCUGAUGUCAUGAGACUUUGAGAUGACAAAAUGUAAAACAAAAACCCUUGUCAACAUAGAGAGUUAACUGUGCUGAAAAACUAAUAAAGAAACUAAGAAGAA